GGAAAUCAUGAAGUGGACAGAAAAGCUAUAAAAAUGGAACACAAAACCCCGUUUUGUUGUCGCACAUCCCGGAUGGUAACAUUGAAACAUUCCAACAUUUCACACAAAAAGCUCAUCACCUGCCUGACUAGUGACUAGUUGCAUUAGAAGCUCAUGCAUCAGCUUCACAAUCUCUUGAAUUUCUAAACCUUGGAAUUUAGGUUUGUCAAGAUGAAACCGGUAACAAUGGAAGAGUAUAUGGAGUAUUAUUUGAAGAAGAACUUCGAGGUUGAGGCGAAAAAUACCUCUGAAGAGGCUUUGAAAAAAUGGAGAGAUGCUGUCUGGUUGGUCAAGAAUCCUCGCCGGAGAUUUCGCAUGGUUGCCGAUCUCGACAAACGUGCCGAGGCCGACCGCAAGCGUCAAGAUAUCCAGGAAAAAAUCAGAAUAGCUUUGUAUGUGCAAAAGGCAGCAUUACAAUUCAUUGAUGCUGUUAGGAUCAAAUCAGAUUACAAGCUUUCUGAUAAAGUUAGAGAUGCUGGAUUUGGCAUUGAACCGGAAGAGCUUCAAAGCAUAAACAGGUCUCGUGAUGCCAAGUGUUUGGAUGCUCAUGGAGGUGUAAAGGGAUUUGCGUUAAAACUCAAAGUGUCACUCAAGGAAGGAGUAAUGUCAAGCAAUGUACCUCUAAUACAAGAUAUUUAUGGCUAUAAUCGCGUUACUGAGAAGCCUAUGAAGCCAUUUUGGAUGUUUGUAUGGGAAGCACUUCAAGAUAUGACACUUAUAAUUCUGAUGGUAUGUGCUGUUGUUUCUGUCGGUGUUGGAAUUGCAACAGAAGGGUGGCCUAAAGGUAUGUAUGAUGGUGUUGGAAUUAUAUUAUGUAUAAUCUUGGUUGUGGUGGUAACUGCGGUUAGUGACUACAAACAGUCCUUACAAUUUAAGGACUUGGAUAGGGAGAAAAGGAAUAUUAUGAUUCAGGUAACAAGGGAUGGAAGCAGACAAAGUGUGUCAAUCUAUGAUAUAGUAGUUGGUGACAUUGUUCAUUUGUCUAUUGGAGAUCAAGUUCCUGCAGAUGGGCUUUUCAUAUCUGGUUAUAGCAUUACAGUUGAUGAAUCCAGCUUAUCUGGGGAGAGUGAGCCUGUGAAUGUGAAUGCGAAAAACCCUUUCCUCUUGUCAGGGACUAAAGUGCAAGAUGGUUCUGGGAAAAUGCUCGUGACUUCUGUUGGAAUGAUGACUGAAUGGGGAAGAUUGAUGCUGACUUUAAGUGAAGGAGGAGAUGAUGAGACUCCAUUGCAAGUUAAACUUAAUGGCGUAGCUACAAUUAUAGGAAAGAUUGGGCUGGCUUUUGCAGUAAUGACAUUCGUGGUUAUGACAGCAAGGUUUGUCAUUGUGAAAGCAGUUCAUCAUGAUAUAUCCAAAUGGUCUAUGGCUGAUGCUUUGAAUCUUUUAAAUUUCUUCGCGAUUGCAGUGACCAUACUUGUGGUAGCAGUUCCAGAAGGCUUACCACUAGCAGUGACGCUAAGUUUAGCCUUUGCAAUGAAGAAAUUGAUGAAUGAUAGGGCGCUUGUUAGGCAUCUCUCUGCAUGUGAGACAAUGGGUUCUGCUAACUGCAUUUGUACCGACAAAACUGGAACCUUGACCACAAAUCAUAUGGAAGUUACUAAAAUUUGGAUAUGUGAUGAAGCCAAGGAUAUAGGUAGUGCAGACAAUACUGGAAAUGUAUUAGAGUCUUCAAUAUCUGAAAACGCUUUGAGUACCCUUUUGCAUUCUAUAUUUCAUAAUACUAAUGCUGAGGUUGUGAAAGAUAAAGAUGGCAAGACUAACAUUAUGGGUUCCCCUACAGAAUCAGCUUUGUUAGAGUUUGCAUUACUUUUCCAAGGCGAUUACAUGGCACAGAGCAAAAAAGCUCAGAUCAUGAAAGUUGAGCCUUUCAAUUCCAUCAAGAAAAAGAUGUCUGUUGUUGUUGCUCUUCCAGGUGGCGGGCAUCGAGCAUUCUGUAAAGGGGCAUCUGAAAUAAUUUUAGGAAUGUGUGAUAAGAUUAUUAGUAAAAAUGGUGAAUCCGUGCCCUUAUCUGAAGAGCAGAGAAAGAACAUCACAACUGUGAUCAACGGUUUUGCUUCUGAAGCUCUCAGAACUCUUUGUUUAGCUUUCCAGGACAUGGAUACUUCAAAGUCCAAUGCAGACAGUAUUCCUGAAGAUAGCUAUACUUUCAUUGCAGUUGUUGGAAUUAAAGAUCCAGUUCGCCCAGGGGUAAGGGAAGCUGUGAAAACUUGUUUACGUGCUGGAGUGAAGGUUCGGAUGGUCACCGGUGACAACAUUCAUACUGCCAAGGCCAUAGCUAGAGAAUGCGGCAUUUUGACGGAUGAUGGUGUGGCCAUAGAAGGACCAAAUUUUCGCGAUAAAAGUGCAGAGGAGUUGCAGGACAUUAUACCUAAAUUACAGGUGAUGGCUCGAUCAUUGCCCCUGGACAAGCACAAAUUAGUACAAUUGUUGAGAAAUGAAUACCAGGAAGUUGUGGCAGUCACUGGAGAUGGGACAAAUGAUGCUCCGGCAUUACAUGAGGCCGAUAUUGGGCUCGCUAUGGGCAUAGCAGGAACAGAGGUUGCGAAAGAAAAUUCAGAUAUAGUAGUAAUGGAUGACAAUUUUAAGACCAUAGUGACAGUAGCCAAAUGGGGUAGAUCAGUUUACAUCAACAUUCAGAAAUUCGUUCAGUUUCAGCUGACUGUUAAUGUCGUCGCGCUCAUGACCAAUUUUGUUUCAGCAUGUGUAUCAGGAUCAGCUCCCCUUACAGCUGUGCAGUUACUUUGGGUUAAUAUGAUUAUGGACACUCUUGGCGCCUUAGCACUUGCCACAGAACCUCCAACCGAUGAGCUGAUGCAGAGGCCUCCCGUUGGCAGAAACGUUCACUUCAUAACUAAGAUCAUGUGGAGGAACAUCAUUGGCCAAAGCAUUUAUCAGCUCAUAGUUUUGGGCAUUCUUAAGUUUGAUGGGAAGCGCCUUUUUCACCUUCAUGGUGCUGAUUCCUUUUCUGUUCUGAACACACUGAUUUUCAACACCUUCGUGUUUUGCCAGGUUUUCAAUGAAAUAAACAGCAGGGACAUGGAGAAGAUAAAUAUAUUUAAAGGAAUGUUUGAUAGUUGGGUUUUCAUGAUGGUCAUGGUGUCCACAGUAGCAUUUCAGAUCGUAAUAGUAGAAUUUCUAGGAACAUUUGCAGAAACCGUGCCUCUGAGUAAAGAGCUUUGGCUAGCCAGUGUACUGAUGGGAGCAGUAAGCUUACCUAUCGGAGCUCUUCUGAAGCUGAUUCCUGUUUCAUCCAUCGAGUGUCCGCGACAUCAUGAUGGAUAUGAGCAACUCCCAAGUGGUCCUGAUCUGGCAUGAGAGACACAAAAUACUAGUGGGAUUAAAUUUCUUCACAGACAUUUCAUUUCACUCACAAGAAUGAUAUAGAACCAGGUUCUGACUGCUGAACUGUCAGUGUUUCAUCUUUCGGCUAGAUGACUCCAGCUGCAAAAAAACUGAGUAUUAGCUUCAUUUUCUUAUUUUUUCUUAGAAUUUAGGAGGAUAGCUAGGUUGAUUUAUCUGUUCUUAUGCAGCUGGUACAUGAUCUUUUCUAAUACUGGACCGAUACUCUUUUAACUCAUUUUUCUUG